AAACCCAUUUCAGCGGGUACCGUUAUCAACCUCUUUGGUAGGCACACGCUAGGCUACCGUGUUCAGCCUGAGUAUCACCUAAAGAAACGUCCGACGGAGAUCCUGCUGAGAACAGUCAUCAUGACCGUAGACUACCUCCGAGUUAUAUUCACUCUGGUGUUUACGUUUUCGGUCUUGGCCGUGGCAGCGAAUCUUCUGGUGAUUCUGGUCUUCGCUGGAACUAGACAUCUCCGCAUUAAGUACUACGCUUUCGUCUUUAAUCUUGCGCUGGCCGACCUCGGUUUUGCCUCAGUGGCGUCGGUGUAUCCCUGGUAUAAUAAGAACUCCACUGUCGAAGAUUUACUGCAGAUAUGCUCCAUCGUCAAUGCCUUGACGGUCCUUGCUGUCGCCAUCAACCGCUACCUCGCCUUGUCCCUGAUGCCACCGUCGCGCUAUGACGCUCUUGUGAAAUCAGUUCGAUUGUUCAUCGUUUGUGUUCUCAUGUGGUGUUUUGCCAUCGGCGUUACUGUUCCUCAAAUGCUCGGUAGUACUAUUAACAGUUUCGACGUCUUCCAUGCAGUCGUCAGAUCUAUAGGGGAAAUAAUCGUUUGGUCCAUCACUACGGUAGUGUAUGUACUCGUGUUUUUCAAAAUCAAACGCUACGCGCCGCCUCUUGCAGAAAGUCCGGCUAUCGACACCGACGUCGAGCAGAACGAUACUCGAUACCGCCAGACGCGUCGCAUGUUGGUCACUUUCUCGAUCAUAUGCGCUGUGUCUCUAGUUUGCUGGAUACCAGCUGACGUCAACAUACUAAUCGUUUUCUACAACCAAGACAUUCUUCAGGUCAACUGGGGGUUCAGAGUCUAUUACGCCGUCGCACUUCUUGUGUACAGUCUGAACGCACUGGCCGAUCCAGUGAUUUACUGGUGGCGACUGCCGGGCUUUCGUGAGGCCGCCUACGGCUUAGUCUGUCGCUGCUUUCGAAAAGACCGAUCAAACGAUUUAAAUGUGAGGUCUGGAAAUGAGCACACGAUUACAGACACAGCAAUGUAAAAAAUAAUCGUUUAGAUAAUUUACAGGGGUGUAGGGUUUCAAAAUUUUGUUCAAAU